AAAUAACAUCGCAGGUUGAAAUACUUACAAACUCAGCUCAAACCCUUAACUUCUUAAAUAAUCCAAACCAGUAAAUAUCUAAUGUCAAAUGACUUGUAAAUGACAAAAAGUUCCAGGUUAUGAUGUGUGAUGAUGUUACAAUUAAGAAGGUAGAUAGACAACACGUAAAAAGUCCCCAUGGAGUAGCCACCGGCCUCAUAUAUUAACGUACCUUCGUGUUUUUAUCCAUAUGAACCAUAAAGACAAUACAAAGUACAAAAAUGGAGAGAAGAUCCGAACAUAUGAGCUAUCAUUGACAGCACCUCAAUUUUAACCACUAGACCAAGACAUUAUUGAUUAACAGAUCUUCGUCUCCUCAUAUUAACAAAUCUUCGUUUCGUCAUAUUACCAGAGACUCACCAAAAGACAUGGACGAAGCGGCGUUCCAGGAAUCAGUUCGUGUAACUGACAGGAAAAAUACAGUACUAUGGUCCUAUAGCUUCCUAUUUUUAGCUAUUACCCCAGUACUCCUAGCAGUGCUGUUAUACCAACUAGACCCACUCGAGCCAGCUCAGUUACCCCUACACGAGUUAACUGAGCCACAAAAGGUGGCGCGUCGAGUCAACAGCAAGUUGCUUGAAGGAGCAGAGUUUAUAGGGGUUGGGAAGUUGGUGGGUGCAGAGGAUUUUGCUUAUGAUCCAGAAUCACAACUUAUAUAUACUUCUUGUGCUGAUGGUUGGAUAAAACGAGUUAUGGUGAAUAACUCGGUUGUAGAGGACUGGGUCUAUGUUGGUGGCCGACCUCUUGGACUCGCUCUUGGGUUAAAUAACGAGCUUAUUGUUGCGGAUCCUUUCAAGGGACUGUUAAAUGUGAGUGCAAAUGGCAAGGUUGAGGUACUAACAGAUGAGGUAGAAGGCAGAAAACUAAAAUUUGCAGAUGGAAUUGAUGUUGCCAAAGAUGGAAUGAUAUAUUUUUCAGAAGCUUCCUAUAAAUAUAGUCUACUAGACUUUAUUUUUGACAUUUUUGAAGGCAAACCUCAUGGUAGUUUGAUGAGCUUUGAUCCCAUCACUAGAGAAACCAAAAUCUUGGUCCGGGACCUUUACUUUCCUAAUGGAGUUCAAAUGUCUGCUGAUCAAAAGUCUGUCAUAUUCUGUGAGACACCCAUGAGAAGAUGUAAGAGAUACAUUCGAGAAGGGGAAAUGCAAGGAUCAUUGGAAAGUUUUGUUGAUAAUUUGCCCAGUAUACCUGAUAAUAUUAGAUAUGAUGAAGAAGGCUACUAUUGGAUUGGAACUUCCACGUCAUUGAAGCCAUAUUGGGAUAUAGCGUUGAAGUAUCCUUCCAUUAGAAAAGGGUUAGCAAUUAUAACGCGAUAUGUUGGCCGACCACACAUGGAGAAAAAUGGAGGAGUAUUUGGAGUUGAUUUGGAAGGAAGGCUGGUGGCUCACUAUUAUGAUCCAAAAUUAUCAUUGGUCACGGGUGCAAAUAAAAUUGGGAACUACUUGUAUGUUGGUUCACUUUAUUAUCCUCAUAUCAUACGUCUUGAUCUUGCUCUACAUGAUGCAAAAUAGGUAGAGGGUUCAAGCUACCUAUGUGAUCUUGUUACCUUAAAUACCAUAAUAUGGGAGUUGGAAAUUAUGUAACAUCGGAAGUAGGCAUGUUUUUUCCAGCUUAUUUUCAGUUAGUUCAGUUUCAAUCAGUUUAGUUCAGUUCAGUUCCAACUAUCAUUUUUAUUAUUUAUAAUUUAAUUCAUUUCAGUUCAGUUCA